AGCCCCACUCCUCUCCAUAUUCUACUAUAAAACAGGAGCACCAUCCAUGCUCUCCAACAAGCUUGACGGCCAGCGUCGAGGACGCUCUUUUGACUCCAUCAAUAAGAGGUACGAAGACAAGCAACUCAACAAUGAGCUGAACAAAACUAAUUUUCAUAAGACAGAGGAGAACAAAGACAAGAUAUGUUCCUCCAAGAGAGAACAUGCUGCAAUUGUCUUCUCUCUGAAGAAUGAAGUCGGGGGGCUUGUGAAGGCAUUAAAACUAUUUCAGGACAACCAGGUAAAGCUUUUGCAUAUUGAGUCCCGUAAGUCCCGGCGGCGUAACUCAGAGUUGGAAGUACUGGUGGAUUGUGACAGUGAUCGAGAAACUCUAAAAGAGGUUGUUCAGCUGCUGCGCAAACAAACAAGCAUUAUAACCAUGGACUCACCUGAUAGGUUCUCGACUCCUGCAAACGAUCUUGCUGAGGUGCCUUGGUUCCCCAAGAAGAUCUCAGAUCUGGACAAGAGUGCCUGUCGUGUUCUGAUGUAUGGUUCAGAUUUGGAUGCGGAUCAUCCGGGAUUCAAAGACAACAUUUAUCGUAAGAGAAGGAAAUAUUUUGCUGAUCUUGCCAUGAGUUACAAACAGUACGUUUAA